AUCAUCCGCCCCAAAUACCCGGAUAUCCAACAUGCGGUUCAGUUUCCUCACUGUCGCCUCGGCCCUCGCUCCAUUGACCGCGGCGUUCCCCUUCGGGAGCUUUGGCCUCGCGUCGUGGGAUGUCGAGGGCUUUGCCAAAGACAAUCCCAUUGGCGUCACCACUGGCGGCGAGGGCGGGUCAACGGUGACCGUGGAUAACGCGGCCGACUUCAAGGCAGCUGUUGCGGGAGACGAGCCCAAGACGGUCCUCGUCAAGGGCGAGAUCAACCUGCCGUCCCGGCCAAAGAUUGGCUCCAACAAGUCCGUCAUUGGUGUCGGACGCACCGCCCACAUCACCGGCAGCGGCCUCGACGUGUUCAACUCGACCAACGUCAUCAUCCGCAACCUCAAGAUCAGCUUCAUCGAGGACAACGACUGCAUCACCAUCCGGAACUCCACCAGGGUCUGGGUGGACCACAACGAGUUCGCUUCCGACAUCACGAAAGGACCCGACGCCUACGACGGCCAAGUCGACAUCAUCCGCGGUUCCGACUGGAUCACGGUAUCGUGGAACUACUUCCACGACCACUGGAAGUCGUCCCUGGUCGGCAACGACACCACCUUCCGCGACAUCGACUUUGGCCACCUGCACGUAACCUACCACCACAACUACUGGCGCAACGAGGGUACCCGCGGCCCCGCCGGCCGCUUCGGGCACCAACACGUCUACAACAACCUCUACGUCGACUUCCUCUACCAGGCCAUCCACUCCCGCUCAGACAACCAGGUCCUCGUCGAGGGUAACGUCUUCCGCGGCAAGACCCGCGAGGCCCUGAGCACCUACGGCCUGGUGAUCCCGGACGACUCGCCCAACACCUGCACGUGCGGCGACGAAGAGCUGGACGGCUACGCCAACUUGGGCGCCAAAAACGAUUGGGGCAAGGCGACGGUCAACAUCACGCAGGUCGGCAACUUUCGAAAGGCACCGUACAAGUUCAAGUUGACACCCCUGCCGUUGGUUGAGCCGAUUGUCAAGCUCGGGGCCGGUGUGGGCAAGAUCUGAUGACCUCGAGAUUCGUGUGUGAGCCGAUGUUGCUUUUUUCUUCAGCACAGGGUUGUUGAAAAUACAUCAUAAUGGUACGAUCUGAGAGAGCUGGGCAACGUUUUGAUGCUAUAAACGAGUGAGUGACUGCCAUAUUCGGACACUCCUACUCAGCUCGUCGUCAGCCCAAAAGUGAUUGCUUUCUAAGUGCGAUGUGGCAUUAUUUCACCGGAUUUACAGCAAGACUUUGGCCAAAUGCGGGUAAUUAUGUCCUG